AUUUUUUCCCUGUGUUCUCCAUCCAUAGCAAUGCCUUUUGCAUUUUGCACACGAGAGAGGGAGCCCUGGACAGAGUUUGCCGAAUCGGCCGAGAAUGGGCUCACCACACGCUUUUGUAUUCAGCUGGCCAAAAAAUACAACAUGGUGGUGGUGUCUCCCAUUUUGGAGAGAGAUGAGAUCCACGGUGGAACAUUGUGGAACACUGCAGUGGUGGUGUCCAAUAAUGGCAAUGUUCUGGGCAAAUCACGGAAGAAUCACAUUCCCCGUGUGGGAGACUUCAACGAGUCAACAUAUUACAUGGAAGGGAACACCGGCCACCUUGUAUUCCAGACACAGUUUGGAAAGAUUGCUGUUAACAUCUGCUAUGGCCGACACCAUCCUCUCAACUGGUUAAUGUACAGCGUACAUGGGGCUGAGAUCAUCUUUAACCCUUCGGCCACAGUUGGAUUGCUCAGUGAACCAAUGUGGCCAAUUGAGGCCAGAAAUGCUGCCAUCGCAAACCACUGCUUCACCUGUGCCAUCAACCGUGUGGGAACAGAGUGUUUCAAGAACGAGUUCACAUCUGGAGAUGGAAAGAAAGCGCACCAUGACUUCGGCCAUUUUUAUGGCUCCAGCUAUGUAGCUGCAGCUGACGGCAGCAGAUCCCCAGGAUUAUCCAGAACCCGUGAUGGCCUGCUGGUGACAGAGAUGGACUUGAACCUAAAUCGCCAAGUUGCAGACAAAUGGAAUUUCAAGAUGACUGGGAGGUAUGAAACGUACGCAGAGGAGCUCAAAAAAGCCAUCCAGCAUGACUUCAAACCCAACAUUGUUAAGGAGUGAGUUUAUCAGGAAAACAUGAGUGCCAAAAGCCCUUGAGAGGAACCGCACUUUCAGCUGAAAGCCAUGCUUGGCACAUGUAGGAGAACCACAUUGUGUAUUAGCGAUAAGUCCUUGUACCUCUACUUGAAUUUCACAAAAUAACUUAUAUAAUUUAUCAGUUCAUUUUUAAGGUCAAUAAUGGAAGGAUGCAUUUGAAUAAAAUACAAAUCCAACUUUUAUUAAUUUCUGAAAU